ACUUCACUGAGCAUUUCCUUCUCUCGCUCGCUCUUCUCCAAAGUAAUCUUACUUCUCGAAGGUCAUAAUACUUUGUGGAGUUGUGUUAUUGAAAAAUAGAAAGAAAUGAAAGAGAAGGGAGUGGUAAUGCUUCUUCUACUUUACUCGAUCUUCCACGUUGCCUUUUGCUUCAAAGAUGGACUACUACCAAACGGUGACUUCGAACUAGGUCCACAACAUUGGGACAUGAAAGGAACACAAGUGAUGAACAAAACAGCAAUCCCAAAGUGGGAACUCUCAGGGUUCGUCGAGUACAUUCCCUCAGGACACAAACAAGGAGACAUGAUCCUCGUCGUACCUAAAGGCGCUUUCGCAGUGCGUCUAGGCAACGAAGCAUCGAUCAAACAGAAGAUCAACGUUAAAAAAGGGUCUUACUAUGCGAUCACGUUCAGUGCGGCUCGAACAUGCGCACAAGACGAGCAGCUAAACGUUUCUGUAGCUCCUCGCCACGGAGUGAUGCCGAUCCAAACAGUGUAUAGUAGUUCAGGUUGGGAUCUUUAUUCGUGGGCGUUUAAGGCACAUAACGAUUACGCAGAGAUUGUGAUACAUAAUCCAGGUGUUGAGGAAGAUCCUGCUUGUGGCCCACUUAUUGAUGGUGUUGCUAUCAGAGCUCUUUAUCCUCCUCGUCCCACCAACAAGAACAUUCUGAAGAACGGAGGAUUCGAGGAAGGCCCAUGGGUUUUACCCAACUCAUCAUCGGGAGUUUUGAUCCCACCAAAUUCCAUCGACGACCAUUCUCCGUUACCGGGAUGGAUGGUCGAAUCUCUUAAAGCCGUCAAAUACAUCGAUUCCGAUCAUUUCUCCGUCCCUCAAGGCCGUCGCGCCGUCGAACUUGUCGCCGGGAAAGAGAGCGCCGUCGCACAGGUCGUCCGCACGAUCCCGGGGAAAACAUACGUCCUCUCCUUUGCCGUCGGAGACGCAAGCAACGCAUGCGCUGGAUCCAUGAUCGUCGAAGCUUUCGCCGGAAAAGACACGAUCAAGGUGCCGUACGAAUCGAAAGGGAAAGGAGGAUUCAAGCGAGCGUCACUAAGAUUCGUCGCCGUAUCGGCUCGAACUAGGGUUAUGUUCUACAGCACGUUUUACGCGAUGAGGGAGGACGAUUUCUCGAGCUUGUGUGGGCCGGUUAUCGACGACGUUAAACUUCUUAGUGCUCGGAGGCCGUGAGCUGGCGGCGAGUUUUACAUGGGAAACUGACGACGACCAAUCGCGUAUCGUGAGAAAUUGGGCUUUUCUCGGGCCUUUAAUGUUUUUCUUUUCAAACUUUAAUUAUCUGGUCACUCUAGUUGAGCAGGAGGGUUCGGCGGAGCAGUAUGCAAUUGUUUGGUCGGAAAUCGGAAUAUAUAAAGUUUAUA